UAAUGGUGUUCUAUGAUAUCGUCUCAGAAUAGUGAGUUGAACAGGGGGAGGAGACCUCAGAAAAUAAGAUAAAUAGAAAUAGACCUGUUACUACUAAAAGGGAAGAUUAAUUUAGCGACUAUACUACACAACCGCAAUCAUUAUGGGAACGGAUAGUACCGAUUGUAUGCUGCUUCUUGCGGCAGAAGCGUUUCAAUCUAAAAACUUCGGGCUCGCGGCGGACAUAUACGAAUGCCAACUGCUGCACCUCUGCGACCCUAGUACGCAGCAACAUCUCUUGGUGAAACGGGCCGAUGCCCUGGCAUUCGGUGGUAAAUUGACCGAUGCUUUCGAGAUCUAUCGAAAAGCCGCAGAAAUCGACAGACUACGACCAGUCCAUCUGGAUAAUCUUAUUGAAUAUCUCUCUAACAGUAUUAAAAUACAAGAUGGGACAGACAGUCAAAACAACAGACAGGAGACACACUCUGAUUGCGUUGGAUAUGAUGCAUUUACCUGCAAAAUAUGUUAUGAAUUUCUAUACGAGCCUGUUACCUUGCCUUGUGGACACUGCUUUUGCAAAAAGUGCCUGGACAGAGAAAAAAUGCCUGUCUGCUGCAAAGAAUGUAAUGACACUCGGCACACCAAACUCAAUGAUGUGGACAAUUAUAGAGUUAAUGUUGUUCUUAGUAACUUGUUGUUAAAGUGGUAUCCAAGUCAAUUACUUGCUGUUAAUCUGAGACGUGAGGGGAAUGGACUAUAUUCAGAGAAAAUAAUGGAUGCUGCUUUGGAAAAAUACAACGAAGCAAUACAAAUAGCUCCAAGGGACCAUGUGCUGUACAGCAACCGAUCACAGAUCCAUUCCAGUCUGAGGAAUUACGAGGAUGCACUUCAUGAUGCAGAGAUGGCAUGCAAACUCAUGCCUCUUUGGUCAAAGGGACAUAUUAGAAAAGCACAAGCUUUAGUCUGUCUUGGGAAAUGUGAAGAAGCGUUAAGAGAGUACCUGGUCGUCAUUACCUUAGAUCCUGAAAGUAAACUGGCAAAAAGAAAGGCGCAAAAGAUUCUGAGUGAUCUUCUGGCCCCUGUCACUGAUCAAGUACACAACAGAAUCCUGGACUGCACAAGUCUACUGUCUUCCAGAAAUAAAAUCAAAGGUGGCAUCCUGAACACCCCAACCUCAAGCUGCAACACCACCACUUCCUCCAAGUCUUACAAGGAGUACAAGAAUAUUGCCUCUCAUGAAAAGUUGACAUCGUCACCUACGCUGAGUGAACCUAAGACAGGCGGCUUAUUUGAGACAAUGGAAUGCGGCGAAAAGAAAGGAGAAGAUCAGGUGGACCUGAAUGUCUGCCAUCCCACCGUCAUUGACAGGAGCGUCUUCCUCAAACGCAAACGUAGCUCAUCCGAGGACAGCCAAGUGGAUAGUAGCGACACCUGCAAGCGCUCCAAAUCUGAAGUGACCCAGAAUGAAGAGGCGACUUCCUGGAGUGCAGUGCUUUCUGACCUCAUAGACCCGGCUGACCUGGAGUGUUCUCUUUGUAUGAGGCUCUUUUAUGAACCAGUCACCACUCCUUGCGGCCACACCUUUUGUAUGAAAUGCCUCGAGCGAUGCCUGGACCACAACCCCAAGUGUCCCCUCUGCAAGAUGGAGCUGGAAGAGUAUCUGGCAGAAAGUAAAUACAACAAGACUGUCUUGAUGGAGAACCUCAUCUGCAAGUAUCUGCCAAAUGAGCUCAUGGACAGGCAGAAAGUCAACGCAGAGGAGAUUGCAGAUUUAUCCAAUCUAAACAAGAACGUGCCUAUAUUUGUUUGCACCAUGGCCUUCCCCACCGUUCCAUGUCCUCUUCACAUCUUUGAGCCCUGCUACCGGCUGAUGAUCCGCAGGUGUAUGGAGAUGGGUACCAAGCAGUUUGGAAUGUGCCUCAGCGAUAACCUCAAAGGAUUUGCCGAUUACGGUAGCCUCCUGGAGAUCCGAAACGUGGAAUUCUUUGCAGAUGGCCGCUCCGUUGUCGACACCAUUGGGAUAAGAAGGUUCAAGGUCAUUGAGCACCACCAGAGAGAUGGAUACAACACAGCGGACAUAGAAUACCUGGAAGACGUUAAGGUGGAGGUUGUGGCAGAGAAGGAGCUACAGAGUCUCCAUGAUGCAGUAUACGACCAGGCCUUAAUCUGGGUCAACUCCCUGAAAGAAGAACAAAAGGAGAGAAUCGUGGAGCACUUUGGGCGCAUGCCAGAGAAAGACUCUGAGCCACAGGCCAGUGCCAAUGGGCCGUCCUGGUGCUGGUGGCUGCUGGCAGUCCUUCCCCUGGAGGGUCGAGCCCAGCUGCCCUUCCUGGCCCUGACGUCCCUGAAGGACCGACUCAGUGGUAUCCGCAGAAUACUCCUCUUCAUGUCCCGCAACCGCUCCUCUCGAUGACUCCAACCCUCACACAACCAUCUAUCUCCUCCAUGUGGGUGUCUGUUUUUUGUUUUUAUCUGAAAGACCGCAUUUCAACGAAAGCCUUUGUGUGAAUGGGUUACUAUUGGCAAGUGGACUUUAAUUAGAUUACUGAAAUGUGAUCCAAGGAUUAGAAGAGGCUACUUAUGGACUGAAUAUUUUAAAGUGUGCUGUAAAGGCGAUUAGUGUUUGUUUUUGUUAUUAUUUAUGAACUUCGCGUCUGCAUGGAACAUGUUUACACCACUGGGAGAAAAUUACUAUUACAAUGAUGACUUAUUAUUUCCAAAGGGUUUAUUAAAACCAGUUAGAGCUCUAGGGGCGCUAUUUCAUUUUUGGAUAAAAAACGUUCCCGUUUUAAGCGCGAUAUUUUGUCACGAAAAGAUGCUCGA